UGCGAGCGGCCAGCCGGGGUCGGAGGCGAGCAGAGCGCGGGUCUGGCUGGCAGCCACGCGCCGCAGCACCGGCCCCACCCAGCGCGAGAGCGCGCCCCGAGCCGGCCAGCGCGGGAGCGCGCCUCCUGAGAGCCGGGCCUGCCUGAGCGCGACCGCGCGCACACACCCCACGCGAGGGCACUGCCGACCCCGCAGCGCCGGGACCCAGCGAGGAGAGCGGGGCAGCGGCAGCCAAUCGGGAGCGAGGGGUGAACGGCGCCGGCCAAUCGGCGCGAAGCGCCUCGCCGGCCGCCCAAUCAGCGUCGCGCGCCGCGGCGGGGGCCGCCGCCAAUCCGCGCCACGAGCCGGGAGCCCCGCGCGGCCGUCGCCCGUCGGGGAUGUCCUACAAGCCCAUCGCGCCCGCCCCCGCCAGCAGCUCCGGAACCGCCGGCGCCAGCAGCAGCAGCAGCAGCGCCAGCCCCGCCGCCCCCGGGCCCGGGGCCCCGCCCGCCGCCACGAGUGUCCCAUCACCUUCUGGAUCUGUCCCUGGAGCCUCUGCCCCGUUCCGGCCUCUCUUCAAUGACUUUGGUCCCCCAUCCAUGGGUUAUGUGCAGGCUAUGAAGCCACCAGGUUCCCAGGGCUCCCAGAGUACAUACACUGACCUGCUUUCUGUCAUCGAAGAGAUGGGUAAAGAGAUCCGACCCACGUAUGCAGGCAGCAAGAGUGCCAUGGAGCGGCUGAAACGAGGCAUUAUCCAUGCUCGGGCACUAGUGAGAGAGUGCCUGGCAGAGACAGAGCGAAAUGCACGCACGUAACAACACUGCCCCAUGGAUCUUUUUGCGUAUUGGCAUCUGAGAACCUGGUAGCCAGCCUUCCCCUCUCCCCUGAACCUGGCACCCACUGGUUUCUGAGGACCCCAGGCUUCCCUUGCCCCAACAGACACUUCCAAUAACUGUCACCUGACACUUGGGGAACCUCUUCUGCUGGAGUGUGCCUCCUGCUAUGAGGUGGUCCUGAGAGGCUGGCACUUCACUGUGUGCUGCCAGUGCCUCUGGGGAGAGGAGCUAGCAGAGUUUCUCAUGUCUUUAUAAAAUGUUUCUAUUUAUAAAUAAGUAAAAGGAAAGCUUUGGGAUUCUGAA